AUGUCUUUGUUCUACUUACUACUAGGCCUGUUCCUAGUAAGCCCGGCGUUUUGUGCUGGAAAACCAAAAGUGACCACUCCAUAUGGUCCAAUUGUUGGGUUCGAGGUUAAGUCGGCAGUAAGCGGAUCAAAAUACCACGCGUUUUUGGGAAUCAGAUAUGGAAAUCCACCGGAUCACAUUUACAGAUUCCAGAAACCCGAACCUGUUGAAAAAUGGCCACACAUCAACCACGACGCCACUCAUUUCCGUGCUUCGUGCAUUCCAUCACUCCGUUCAGAACUUGAAGAACAUGUUAACUACAGUGAAGAUUGCCUCUUCUUGAACAUCGUCACGCCUCCAGAUGCUCGCCAAAAGAAACUUCCAGUCCUCGUCUUCAUCCAUGGCGGUGGUUUCCAAUUCGGAGACUCCUCGAUGAUUGGAUACGAGAAGGCGGCAGAUAACUUUGUAUCCCAAGACAUCAUCUUCGUUUCUGUUCAAUACCGUUUGGGACCUCUCGGGUUCUUCACGACAGGAGAUUCUGAGAUUUCUGGAAACAUGGGAUUAUGGGAUCAGACUCUUGCGCUCCAGUUCUUGCACGAAGUCCUUCCCGACUUUGGAGGAGAUCCGGAUAGAAUCACCCUGGCUGGACACUCGGCAGGAGCUGCUAGUGUUUCUGCACUUCUUUAUUCUCCACAUUCCGAUCAUCUGUUCAGCCAAGCUAUCCAAUUAUCCGGAAGCAUUUUCUCCGAGAGUAAUCUGGAUCAAAACGUUGUCGAAGAUAGUAAACAACUGGCAAAGGCUGCAGGAUGUGACCAGGAGGAUUCGAAGGCAUUGAGAGAUUGUAUUCAGAUUCGAACAGUUGAUGAGUUGUUGGAUGCUAUGGAGAAAAUCGGUGAACUCCUUCCUGGACCAAGAACUAAGAAGUUCCAUCCAUAUUUUGAUAAGGAUUUCUUCCCGUAUGAUAUUGAGAAGAUGUCGCGAAAAGCACCAAAGAAGCGGACAAUGCAAGGACUUGUAAGUCAGGAGAGUGGGCUCAGUGUUCUCUAUCCAGUCAAGCUCGCCAAACUUCUUGGAAUCCCCAAGGAGAGUUGGGCUACUUAUAGCAAGGACAACUUGGUGGAUUUCAUUAGAUCUCAAGUCGCCGUGGAACAAGAAUUUGGAACUGCAUCAGCAAGAUUCUCUGGUCUUGUUGAAGAAUUCUAUCUGAAUGGUCCAAUGAGUGGAAACUCCAGCUUCUACUUGACCGCAUUUGCCACGCUACUCAGUGAUCUUCAGUACAACAUCCCCACUCUUCAUGAGAUCGAACUCAAGAUGCAACAUGGGUGGGAAACCUACUUCUAUGUGAUUGAUUAUGAAAGUGAGACGACUAAAGAUCCAACUCAUCCGAUUCGCGGACCAUUCCAUGCUUCGGAACUGAGAUUUUUGUUCAACUUUGACGGACGGGAUAAGAUUCCUUUCAACGAGAAGGAUACCACCUUCGAGGGACAUCUUGUGAGCGCUAUUGUGAAUUUCAUCAAUACUGGAAAUCCUAGCACUGAGACUGUCUCCUGGCCACCAGUUUCGAAAUCUGAGCCAUUUGCAAAUCUUCACUUGAACGACCAGCCAUCUCUUCAACCUUCGUUCCGCAAGGAUGCUUACGAACUUUGGCAGUCUGACAUUGCCAAGGCAGUUGGAGCUGAACUGAUGAAGAAACGACUUCCAGCAUCAAAAGCGACUUUCAGACACAGUGAACUGUGA